AUGUGGAUUAUAUGUUCCACACUUGCUAUUACUCUGCUCGGCAUUAUUAGUGGAGACAGUUGGAUUAAUGUUCUUAUUGGUGCAGUUGGUAUGUUUUAUGUAUCAGUUUAUUCUACAGGCACACGAGGCUCGUUUCUGCUUGGUGUUAUAUAUAAUAUCAUUUUGAUACCCAUCUACAUUUACUCAUUCAUCUAUUGGGGCAAGCACAAUAUCAAACCUCGUAAUAUGACUAAGAAGAAGUCAAUUAUUACUCUUAUGAGUGCGGCUAUUGUAUGGGUUGCUCUGUUUGGACUGAGUAAACUGCUUAAUGGCAACUAUUCUCUGUUUGAUAGUCUGAAUACUACUUGCACUCUGUAUGCCAUGAUACUUGGUCUCUAUGGUAUUAGCCUUAACUGGGCUUUGUGGAGUGUAAAUAAUGUGGUCUCUGCCCUUACAUUUGGUCUUGCUCUCGCAACUCCUACUGGUAGUAUUACUGUGUUUGCAAUGAAAGUUAUCUUCAUGGUUAACGGUCUGAUUGGUUGGUAUAAUUUUAAUAGGCUUGGUAAGACAACAGAUGGGGCGCGUUGGGAAGAGCAUAUUUAUAGGGCGUCUCCAACCGCCAAUCAAUAUAUAGACCGAGCAAUCAAUAAAUAUGGCAAAGAUAAUUUCACUAUAGAAAUUAUUGAAGACAACAUAAAUGAUGAGAUACUUGGUAAACGAGAACAGUAUUGGAUAAAAUAUUAUGGCACCUAUAACAAUGGAUAUAAUUUAACAAUGGGCGGCGAAGAAGGUAGCGGUUUAAUUAAAGGGAUUGCUUUAUAUCAAUGGGAUUUGGAUGGAAAUUUUAUUGCACAAUGGCGAAGUGCGAGAGAUGUAGAAAAUACAUAUGGUUUUCCGCAUCAAGACUUAAUAAGAUGCGCUAAAGGAGAUAGAAUCUCAUCUUAUGGAUUUUUGUGGACUUUCGAUGACCAACCACCAGUCAAAAGAGUUAACAAAAUGUAUAAGCCCGUUGCGAAACUCAGUGAUAAUUAUGACAUUAUUGAUACUUAUGCAACCGUUAAAGAAGGAGCCGAGGCUAUAAAAAGACCUGCCUCUAAUAUAUCUCGUGCCAUAAGGCGUCAUAUUAAAUCUGGUGGAUUUUAUUGGAAAUAUAUUUAA